AUGGGCGAUGAAAGGGCUCUACCGGUGGUCGAUACUGAUCGAACUCACGGCAGUAACGUCUUGGACAUUUACCCUCUUGGCUGUUACUACUUCGGCUCCACCCGAGCCCUCCCUUUCAAGGACGAGACCUUGUCCGAUCGCCUCCACCGUUUGAAAUCCAACUAUGCUGCUCACGGGAUGAGGACUUGUGUGAAGGCAGUUAUUCUGGUUGAAUUGUUUAAACACCCCCAUCUAUUACUCUUGCAAGUACGCAAUUCAUUGUUUGAGCUCCCUGGAGGUCGCUUACGACCAAGUGAAUCAGAAGUUGAUUGUCUAAAACGCAAGCUUUCAAGUAAGCUAUCUGUUGAUGAAGAAGGAAGCGUCCUUGAAUGGGAGGUGGGAGAAUGCAUUGGAAUGUGGUGGAGGCCUGACUUUGAAACCUUGAUGUACCCAUAUUUACCACCAAACGUGAAAAGGCCUAAGGAAUGUACAAAGCUCUUUCUUGUCAAGCUACCAGAAAGUCGAAAAUUCAUUGUACCAAGAAACUAUAAAUUGCUUGCCGUUCCAUUGAGCCAAAUUCAUGAAAACAACAAGUUGCAGGAAUCGCUUGACUUGAAGCUGCUCUCCCGUGAGAAUUGCGAUGGGAGUGCAUUCCUGUUGAGACUGGAUCGCAUUACUAAGGGAAAUGGGGGCUUACAGUUCUCCAAUAUCUCUCACCUCAACAUAAAUCCCCCUGCGAAAGGUAGACGAAAGAUGGUUGAAAGUCGCCUCAGAGUCGCCCUACGAGGUUGAGAGUCAUCGAAGAGGGUUGAAAGUUGUCGGAGAUGAAUGAUCUGGUUCACAGUAUCUUAACCGAGAUGGAAAAGGCAUUGUUAAAGGUCUGGUUCACAGUAUUUUGCCCGGUAAGUGGGUUGUCGGUAAUAGUUGUUCGAGAAGAGGAAACAACAAUAUCCUCUAUUAAGUAUGGAGUAUUUCAUUUUUUCGUGCAUUCUUCCCUUUUUGUUCUUGUACAUGGGUGACACGCCCUUGGUGUCCAAUCCAUGAUACCUUCUUAUGUUACAAAACAGUAAUUAUUUAGUAAGUGUAGCCAUACAAUAUUGUAGUAA